CUCUUGUGUAUCUAUUUAAGUUGAGGUUUAUCAAACCCCAAUCAGAAGUCACACACAAGCAAAUUACCGAGUUCUGAUUCUCAAAUUCCAAUCUCCGAUCUGAAAAUUGUUUGGCUUCUCCGAAAUGUCAUCGCCGCCAACUGUAUUGUCUCUGACCGCGUCGAUGGUUAAUAACAUCAUCCUCGACCCGGCCCAAUAUUACUUCAAAUCUGCCAUUGGCUACCUCAUCUCUCUAUCCUCCACUCGGCGCACCAUUGUCAUCCACGAGUUCCGUGGAAGAAUAACUCGUAAUGAACUCUACGAAGCCGCGGAGACAUACCUCGGUACGAAAAUCAGCCCCGACACCAAGCGAUUCGCAGUUCACAAAACUAAGAGAGAGAAAAAACUCAACAGCAGCAUCGAGAACAACCAAGAGAUCGUCGAUAUAUACCAGAACGUUCAACUAAAAUGGAGAUUCGCCAUCGCUGAGUCUCAGAACCCGAAUAAGGCAGAUAAAAAAUUCUUUGAGCUCACUUUUCACAAGAAGUUCAAAGAAAAAGUGUUGGACGGGUAUUUACCCUUUGUUCUGGAGGAGUACCAAAAGAUAACGAAUAAUGACAAGGUGAGGAAGCUCUAUGCUAUGAAUCUGUCUGAUGAUUAUGGCGAAAUUGGAAGGAAUUGGGGUUCGAUCAAUUUUGAGCAUCCGGCAACGUUUGAAACUCUUGCUAUAGAGGAAAAGACGAAGAAGGCGAUAAUCAAGGAUUUGGACAAAUUUGUGAGCAGAGAAGAAUUUUACAAGACGGUUGGGAAGCCUUGGAAGAGGGGAUACUUGUUGUAUGGGCCUCCAGGGACUGGGAAAUCGAGCCUGGUUGCAGCCAUGGCAAAUUACUUGAAUUAUGAUAUAUAUGACUUGGAGCUUACCAGUGUGAAGACAAACGCGGAUUUGAGGAGAAUUUUGGCGACCACUACGAAUCGAUCGAUCCUUGUCAUAGAGGACAUCGAUUGCAGUGUCGAGUUGCGAAACCGGCAGUUGGGGAAUGGCUCCUACAACAAGAAGUUAACACUGUCGGGGCUAUUGAACUUCAUAGAUGGAUUGUGGUCGAGUUGUGGAGAUGAACGAAUCAUUAUUUUCACAACUAACUACAAGGACCGUCUUGAUCCUGCUCUGCUGCGAUCGGGUCGAAUGGACAUGUUCAUUCACAUGCCUUACUGUACAACUCAAGGAUUUAAGGUCUUGGCGUCCAACUACCUUGGCAUCAACGGUCACCACAAGCUCUAUGGUGAGAUCAAAGGCCUAAUUGAGGAUGUACAGGUGACCCCUGCAGAAAUUGCUGGGGAGCUAAUGAAGAGCGACAAUGCUCGUAUUGCUCUCGGUGAAGUAGUUAAUUUCCUAAAGCGAAAGAAGUUUAAAGAACAUGAUAUCGAGGAAGAUAAAUGUAGUGGAUCUGAAAAGGAAGCAAAGAGGAUGAAAAGGAAGAAGAUUGCUGAUAGGACUACAAGGAACUGUAGAAAAAUAACCACCGGAGUACGAAGUCGUCGAUGCUGAUGAACCAAAAAAAAAAUGCAAGCAGUUUAUACCAGCUCCAUUGAAGAUGUUCGACUAAAAAGAGAACGCAAGUGUUGGUUGGUGUAUUUCUUAUUUUCUGAGAACAUGCUUGGUUUAAAAUGUUUAACUUGCAUUUUCAUCUUGUUGGGUUUGACCUAGACUUGAAGAUUUGAGACCUAUUGGUCAGGGGCGUCAAGAAUGAUAAUUGAAUUACCCAGAUCCUCCCAUUUUGCUGGCAUCUUCAAUUCUACUGUAUAAGUCAACUAAGGAUAAUUCGUGCUCGAACGUGUUAUCGUUUAAUGUUAUUCUUUUUUUGUUGAGCA